AGGCUUUUUCCGGGGGAAAGAAUUUAGCGACGGACCGCCAAAAACAUCCAUUUAUUAAACAUUUCUCCGAGUUCAAGUAAGAAAUAAAGAGGAUGGGAACUGUGCAGGUUUAUUUCACAGUCCGUAGUUUAUAACUAUGCGAAAAAUAAUCCGGUUUACACCACUGUUACCAAAACCUGUUUGGAAGCUUUGCUCAUGUAGGUGUCACACCGGUUCUGAGGCUGCUGUACAGCAAUCUGAGGGGGGAGGACAAAUCCAAAACAAGAUUAAAAAGAAAUGUCAAAGAAAGAGACCUUCAUGCCCAGCAGUCCUUGAUCACUUCGACAGACAGUAUGGUGAGGAACUUGGAGAAUUGUGGACAUCUGCCAGGACAGCGCUCCUGGACCCCCGGUCCUGGCAGUAUGGGGUCAUGCUCAACCGCUUCAGUGUUUUAACUGACAUCACACAGAAGCUUCAGUCUCAGGGCUUUUCAGCAUUACUUCCACAAACAAACAGUUCAGCAUCGCUUUGUGCUAAUAACCCAUCAUCCACUGAAGAAAGAGACUUGAUGUUGACACCUCAUGAACUCCAUCACUACCUUCAGUCAAAGCCCUCACUGCAGUGUUACAUCCACCCACUUUCACUGCGAUUUCCCUCUCAGGCUCACAGGCCAGGCCGGUUGAAGCAGUACUAUCUCAUCAAUGCUGCCUCUCUGCUUCCAGUUCUGGCUCUGCAGGUCAGAGAUGAAGACAGAGUUUUGGAUCUUUGCUCUGCUCCAGGGGGCAAAGCCGUAGCCAUAAUGCAGAGUGCAACUCCGGCAUUUCUCUGCUGUAAUGAACCAGAUCCUCACAGACGUGAAUGGCUGACCAAGACUCUGGAGUCUUUUCUGCCUCACUGCCUCAGCAGCAGAGUUACCGUAUCUGGACAGGAUGGUCGCUUACUCGGACAAACUGAAGCUGGAUUUUAUGACAAGGUUCUGGUGGAUGCUCCAUGCUCUAACGACAGGAGCUGGUUGUAUUCCAGCAGUAUCCAGCAGGGGGCGCAGAGACUAAAGGACAGAGAAAAGCUGCCUCUGAUUCAAGCUCAGCUGCUUAGGUCUGCACUAUCUGCGGUACGUCCAGGGGGCGUUGUGGUCUAUUCAACCUGCACACUCUCAAGCUAUGAGAACUGGGCCGUUGUUGAGAAGAUCCUAGAAGACUUUCCUCAGGCUGAACCUGAAGAUCUCUGGGAGGAAAUUGCCUUUCCCUUAUCAAACUAUUUCACAUUUAGUCCUCCCCCUAAUCAAAAACAUGCACAUCCAAAGAAAUAUGCGCUAACACUGGACAGCACUCGUCACCACAGACUUGGCCUACUAGUGGUUCCUCAGAACGGGAAGAUGUGGGGGCCGAUGUUUGUGUCUCGAAUAAGAAGAAAAGAAUAGUGUUUUCGUCCAUCUCCCUAAAAAAAUAUGUGAAACUGAGCUGCUAAACUUGCAUAUUACCUCUAUAUGGAGCACUGUUUAUAAUUCUGCACACAAAGUGUCAGAGUGUGCAAUAUGCAGAGGGGGCAGAAACGGCACUUUUGAUAUGUGAAUGUAAACAUGUCAACGCAUAGAGCUUCCAGAAAGUCAUAAAUGAUGCUGUUUUAACGCUGCAGCACUAACCUUCUGCAGUGUGUGUUUCAAUGUUUUAUAGCUGCUGGUUUCUGUGGAGGGGAGUUGAGAGUUUACAUUAACGUAGGGAAUAAAAAUAGCUGACAUUA